CCCACUACCACAAAUUAUGCAGUCGAGAUUCCCACAUUUGGGGAAUUCGCAGGGGUCAGCACGACCGGAGUGCAAUGGCCGAGCCUCGCCCUGGGUGAACCACCUUCUUGAUCAUGGUGUCUCCCCUGCCAGGUAAGUAUGAGUUGGAAGAGUCUGACACAGGGUGGCCAUUCCCAGGCUCAGCCCCCUGGCUGACGGUGCCUAUGAGGGUGUUGGUCACGGCAGAGUCGGAUGCCUUUGGCAAUUUUUCUCAUCCUCCUCCUCCUCAUUGGGCACCAAAAGUUGCCGCAAAUGUGUAAAGUCUGCCUCCGCCCAGUGUGAAUGCAACCAGAGACGUUGCGCAGGGGAGCUGCUUCUGCUUGGCGGCUCCGCCCCUAGCUCGCCCAAGGAGGGCUUGGUUGAUUUUCACACGCGCACGAGGCUCAGCCAAACGGCAAAGCCCGCCAAAAAUCUCUUCAACUCGUGGGUGUUCCUCUCCACGGAAGUCUUUAGUAAAAGGCGAAAGACUUGUGCGGGAUGAAGAGAAACCCGAGUAAGUGCAGCUCCUCUCCUCGACAGCAGGCUAGACCGCCGUGGUCCCGGGCACCGUUCGCAUGGUGAGCCUCGUCUUGGCUCCACGUGCGCCGUAAUCCGUGGCCACGCCCAUCCCCACAUCAUCCCGGGACCCCUGCGCGAGCGGUUUUCGGAGGGAGGAAAGCCUGCUUGUCGGGCGCUUCCAGACUCAAGGACUUUUGGGCCGCGACGGCGCUUGAUUUUCCACGAGGCGGGAGAGGGGUGCACCGUUCCCGGCGGCGCUGCAAUACCGGGUCGAUGCGUGGAGUGAACGGAGCAAGCCCCUGCUUCAGCUCCCGAGGCUAAAAAUCCAUUUAAUACGUCGUCCCCGUGUAGAGGACAUACCAGAUAUUAAACUGAUAAGAACAGAUACUACACUUGAUCUUAGCCAAAAGGCCGAGAAGCGAUGAGCCCCAGUCGUCUGCUGCCAGAGCCCACUUCCUGGCACUGUUCAUACCUGUCGUGGUGUGCCCUUCGCAUUGCGCAGUGCUUUGAGGCUCCUCCCAGGCAGCCCGGGUGAACCGGCUUCUUGAUCAAUCGCCGCACGUCCCCUGCGGACAGCGCGGGAGAGGAGCACUCGUCGAGUGUUUGCCGUCGACCUUGAUGUCGGGGGAGAGCGCGAACGCAGCCCCCCACUACCACAAAUUAUGCAGUCGAGAUUCCCACAUUUGGGGAAUUCGCAGGGGUCAGCACGACCGGAGUGCAAUGGCCGAGCCUCGCCCUGGGUGAACCACCUUCUUGAUCAUGGUGUCUCCCCUGCCAGGUAAGUAUGAGUUGGAAGAGUCUGACACAGGGUGGCCAUUCCCAGGCUCAGCCCCCUGGCUGACGGUGCCUAUGAGGGUGUUGGUCACGGCAGAGUCGGAUGCCUUUGGCAAUUUUUCUCAUCCUCCUCCUCCUCCUCAUUGGGCACCAAAAGUUGCCGCAAAUGUGUAAAGUCUGCCUCCGCCCAGUGUGAAUGCAACCAGAGACGUUGCGCAGGGGAGCUGCUUCUGCUUGGCGGCUCCGCCCCUAGCUCGCCCAAGGAGGGCUUGGUUGAUUUUCACACGCGCACGAGGCUCAGCCAAACGGCAAAGCCCGCCAAAAAUCUCUUCAACUCGUGGGUGUUCCUCUCCACGGAAGUCUUUAGUAAAAGGCGAAAGACUUGUGCGGGAUGAAGAGAAACCCGAGUAAGUGCAGCUCCUCUCCUCGACAGCAGGCUAGACCGCCGUGGUCCCGGGCACCGUUCGCAUGGUGAGCCUCGUCUUGGCUCCACGUGCGCCGUAAUCCGUGGCCACGCCCAUCCCCACAUCAUCCCGGGACCCCUGCGCGAGCGGUUUUCGGAGGGAGGAAAGCCUGCUUGUCGGGCGCUUCCAGACUCAAGGACUUUUGGGCCGCGACGGCGCUUGAUUUUCCCCGAGGCGGGAGAGGGGUGCACCGUUCCCGGCGGCGCUGCAAUACCGGGUCGAUGCGUGGAGUGAACGGAGCAAGCCCCUGCUUCAGCUCCCGAGGCUAAAAAUCCAUUUAAUACGUCGUCCCCGUGUAGAGGACAUACCAGAUAUUAAACUGAUAAGAACAGAUACUACACUUGAUCUUAGCCAAAAGGCCGAGAAGCGAUGAGCCCCAGUCGUCUGCUGCCAGAGCCCACUUCCUGGCACUGUUCAUACCUGUCGUGGUGUGCCCUUCGCAUUGCGCAGUGCUUUGAGGCUCCUCCCAGGCAGCCCGGGUGAACCGGCUUCUUGAUCAAUCGCCGCACGUCCCCUGCGGACAGCGCGGGAGAGGAGCACUCGUCGAGUGUUUGCCGUCGACCUUGAUGUCGGGGGAGAGCGCGAACGCAGCCCCCCACUACCACAAAUUAUGCAGUCGAGAUUCCCACAUUUGGGGAAUUCGCAGACGUCGGCGCCGCCGCCGUGCAAAGCCCACUGUAGACUGUAGACAACCGCCGCCACCCAUUGGCCCGGAGUCUACAGUUGCCCGCCGCCCGUUGGUCAGAAGUCUACAGUUGCCGGCGCUUCGCCGCGCUCCAUUGGUCACGAGUCUACAGUUCGCACGCCUCCCCGCCCCCUUGCGGUGAUUGACACUUGGCAGUCAACGGUUUUAAAGAGACGAGAGAGAGAUAGCCAAAUUAGCACCGUCGAUCCCGACAUUUUUUUUUCCACCCCCACGAAAGAAAACGCACAAACGAGAGAAGAAAAUGGAGUUCAAGGCAGCAUCUCAUUCAGCAGCUAAGAGACCUGCAGCAGAUCUGUUGUUGCCUGUCUUGUGUAUUCUGGACACAAGUGUACCACAAGAUAGGCAACAAUGUGUUCUGAAAGCAACAAAGGAGGCCAAACUAUGCCAGUCAUCCAAACCCUCGAUAAUAUAUGAUGACAGCAGACUGAGGGAUCCAAAGACGGCUUGUGAGGAAGCUAAGAAGAAGUGUCUCCUGAUAACUGACAAUCCCACGGAAAAGCAGUAUCUGGGUCAGCUCGUCGUCACAUUUGGAAAGUACGAUGGCAAAAGUUUCAAGUGGCUGAUUGAAAAUGACGUUGGAUAUGUCAAAUUUAUCCUCGAUCGCCACAUUAAGGAGAGCUGCCACCCAGACAGGAAGGGUGCAAUUCAGGCCGAGUGGGUGAAGGAUUACCUGCACAGGUACGUGGAGUUGUACCCCUCAGUCUCCUGCCACCUGGAGGUAAACGUGGAUCGGGCCAUUUAUGGUCAGGGGCGCUUCAGGUCGUUCACGUUCCAGGAGAUGUGGAGGUGGUACAGCCUACACAAGUGCCUCCAGGCGGAUCCACAAGCCGGAAGCGACCACGAGCGAAAGAUGGCUCAGGAGGCUUUCUGCUCAGUCAGACAGUGGCUCGCGAUGAAGGAGGACGACAUCUCCUCAAAGUCGCUGAAGCGCUUCCGGCACUACAUUUUAAAGAAAGAACAAGAGAAAUCUCCCCAAAAAGUGGCCCCAGCAUCUGCCGCUUCCGGCACCUCAGGGACCAGAGGUGACGACGACCAGGCAGAUGAUGCCCUGCUGGCAGAGGCACUUGACACUUUUGAAAGUCGAGGGGACACUGACCUGACCCCCUCACGUGCUGCCUCCCAACUACAGCCUCCGCAGCCGUCACAGACAGGAGACAUUCAACCGUCACCUGCUCCUUCGUCAGCUCCUGCUGGUCAGAAAGGGACGACAUCUGAUGUGACAGACGCAGCAGUAGCUGCUACUCCGAGUGAGGUGACGUACGAGGGGUGGCAUAAAAUGUGGGAGUCUGGUCAUCAUGGGCUUCCCGAGGCAGACAUCAGGUGGUUAAAGGAGGAUGCCGAGAGGGGGCUCUUUCAGCAGCAGAUGUCUUUUGAGGACAAGCACGGGAAAAUCAAGACAAGGAAAGUCCUCAAACGUGACCGGAUGUGGUUUCAUCCACCUGAAUUUCCUGGAGUGGUGGUGGGAGGAGGGGUGCCCUUGGCAGACUCCUUUUUUCACAGCCGUGUGUUUUUUUGGAGACCAGUCGGUGUGUGGGGUUACAGCCUUCGCUGUCCAAGGUCUGAGUGCCCAGCGCGUGCCAAGAAGGACACGUUUCUGUACCGCUGUGGCUACUCAAAGACCGUCAGGCAGAUCUGCCACAUGUCCGGCUGGUACUCCAUGCUGACGGAGGUACUGGCCUGUAAUGCUUGCAGGAAAGCUGCCCAGGAGUCAAAGGACCAUUCCAUCGGUCGUUUCCUGGCGUGGGAUGCAAGCAUUUUAAACCAACUCAGUCCAGCUCACAGGGCAGUGUUCCCAGCUGUUUUAACACUGAGACGUGGCGUGGACAAGCAGGUGAUCCGCCUGAUGAGGGAUCGCACUCAGGGGAACACCAUGGCCAAAGUAUGGAGGCAGGUCCAGGAGAGCCACUGUGAGGAAUACCUGCACAGAAAAGACCUCUACACCACCCUCCUCAGCCAGCUCAACAAACCUGGUGGGAUCACAAGGAUUCUGAAACAUCAGUUUCAGCGACCACCACCGAAGCGAGAGCUGCCGUCACCAAGGCUGCUGAGGAAAACCUUCCUGAUCGCUGAGACAGAGAACAUCGAGGAUUACCGUACCCAGAUCAUGUCCACAUUUGGGAAAGUCCUCAAAUACGACUCCACCAAGAAGAUCUGCAAGAAACUUUCUGGAGACGGAAAAGGCACUGCAGAAUGGUGCACCAACGUGGCCAAUGAACUUGGUCAGAUCCUCAUGGCUGUAAUAACAUGUGAGGAGUCUCUGGACAAAAUGCGGCCAAUGGCUGAAGGCCUCAUGGAGAGGUACAGAAGAGCAGGAGAGGCCCCUCCUGAACUGAUGUACGUGGACCGCGGCUGCUGUCGCGUUCAUGGUGUGUCACACCUGGAGCAGCUCUUCAGCGAGUGGGCCGACAGUGGCAUGAUGGUGCGGCUCGACAUCUUCCACUGGAUUCACAGGUUUGAUGCAGCCGUCAGAACAGAUCACCACCCCAAGUACGCUCUCUUCAAGUCUGCGCUCUCUGCUGCGGUGUUCUCGUAUAACAAGGAUGACAUGGCGCUGCUCAUCCAGGCUAUACGUGCAGGUCACCACUCCAAGUAUGAGUCCCUCUCUGAUGAUCAGAUCAUCGAAAUGCACGUCAGCAAAAAUGAUCUGAAGCAUUACGUCAGGAGGAUCACUGUUGGAGCCCUGGAGACAUUUGCACGUGUGCAGAAUGCCAUCAACAUCCUGAAGGGACCAGCUGGGAUGGAUGAGAACCAGGUCCACCUGUUCAAGGAUGCGGCAGCCAUCGACCGUGUCUGGGAGAACCAGCAGAAACACCUGGAGUGUCUUCAGGAUCCACCGGGGAGAGACAUGUACACCAUCACCAAGUACAUCACCCGUAAUGGUGUGCGCCUGCCACAUUACAGCACAGUGAGAGGAAGCAACAGCCUUGAGGGAUUCCACUCCUUCCUGCCCAGCAUGAUACCGGGGCCCCACUGUGCUGCAGUCCCCUUCCAGGUGUAUCUCCUCAGUGGAAUUGCACGCUGGAACUCUGACAGGGAGUCAGCCAGCGUCAAAGGCCAGAAAGGGAGGAAGCACAUGGUGUACGUGUCUCCUCUGAUAGACCGCCUGAACCAGAGGUGCCAGGACUUGUUUGGUGAGGUUGAGGAGUCAAACUACCGACCUCCCGUGCCUGCUGGGGACGAGCGAAUUGGUUUGGAGUAUCUGUUCUCUCAGUCAUCAGAAACAUUCAGCGCUCCAGACCACUACGCUCAGACCAGAGAGACCCUUCAAGCGGCGGAGGAUGACGAUGAUGAGGUGGUUGCUGAUGAGGUGGUUGCAGACACAGAGGGAUCCCUGGAGAAUGAUGUGGGCUACAACUCUGACAGCGAGAGCGACAAUCUGACCCCGCUGAAGAAGGGUCUGCAUCUCACUGAUCUUGUUGUGGCUCCUGAGCUUGAUCCCUGUGUGGAGGAUGUCUGCGGUCCAAGUCAUCUACCCGGGUACCAGCACGUGGAGGAUCUGAGCGCUGUGCUAGUCGAGAUCGCCUUGGAGGAGGGAAAGCUUUCAAUCGACGAAGCCACGAGACAGAGGGUCAUCAGCUGCUGGAACAAGCUCGAUCUCCAUGAUCGCAGCAUCCAGCAGUUCGACAGCUUGUACUCAGCACGCUGGGGUAACGCUCUGUUUGGCCGCACCAAAGGUGAUCCCAGUGAGUCAUCACUGGUGCAAAAGCUGAAGUUCAGCAAGCGUUACUCAGCCGCCCACCUGCUGGACUCCAGGAAGAACCGCCUCAUGUACUGCAUCAUAAAGCAGCUGUGGCUUCAUCCCGACUGUGGUGGAAAGGCUCGAGGCACGCCACAAAAGCAUAGGAUAACAACUAUGUAUCAGCGCGUGCAGCAGAGGGUGACGGUUGAUGACCCGGAGCUCAGCAAACUUGGGAUCCCUAUCCUGAAGGUGAAUUCUAAGUGCGUUGCCGAGUUCAUCAGGAGACAGGAAGCUUUGUCAGCGACAAAUGUCACUGAUCAAGGUUUGUCAGUCCUCCGCCGUCACCAGAGUGUUGCCACCACUAGUCAACCACCAGCAGCAGAGCUGCCAGAUGAGAGACCCCACACUGCUCGACCACAAGUGCAGUAUCUGGUCACACCGUCUUUGGCAGGGACCAGGAAACUGAAGCAAAGGCUGGAUCAUUUCACACUCCCCAUUCAGCCAUCGCUCACACCGAUCCUCGUCGCCGCAGCUGCGCCCCCCACUCAGCCGCCACUCGCACCGAUCCUCACUGCAACAGCAGGACUACAGCCCACCUUCACGCUCAUGCAGCCCCCAGCGACACCCUCGACGUCGACUGCAGCUGUUCCCCAGCCGCAGGUAUCUGCGAGAUCGACUUUCUACAAAACAAAGAAAGCACUACGCAGCGGCACUGGACGUCAGAGUACAGUGAGACUGUACACCUGUGUAUUGUGUGGCCAAUCCACUCAGGGACACAAAAAAUACAGGAAAAAGACAUACUGUGAAAAAUCACAAUCAUCCACCUCAAAAGAACUUUCUGGCCGGACUUUUGAAACAUUCACAGACUUCCAAAAAGCAGUGGAUGAGGCUUUGGGCCCUCAGUCACAGAGGCCGUCAGGGCCAUGAAGCGGUCUGAACAGACAUUCUUAAAUGUACAUAUUGUCAUACACACAUGCACUUUGCACGUUGUACCUUGUGUUUUCAUUGUGUUUGUUUUUAUUGCAGCUGGGUUUUUAUUGUGGCUGUUUUUUAUUGCUUUGUUCUAUUGUGGUGGCUGGUGUCUCUGUACAGAAACUCAUGCCUGAGUACAAGUAAUCGGGUUCAAACAUUACUUUGGUAAAUGCAAAGGUCGCCCACAUGAGUGGUAUUUGAGUAAGAGGCUUUCAGUGUCUCGUUACUACAUGUAUAAAAGUUAUAUUUUCUGGCUUUCAGUGUAACAACUAUACAAUUAUCUGCCUGGUCUCGUCUGAUAUAAUGUACUUAGUUACAUUCCAUCAGUGACCCAGUACAGUUUGACCAAAGCUGAUGUAAAUAUGUUUUCAUGAAGGUUGAACUUUUUUUAUGCCGUUACCGGAACUGUAGUGACAGUAACCUCCCACUACCACCAAUGUGCACCUGACAUUGUGUUUGUGGUGUGAUAUUGUUUCUCCUUUUAUCAACCCUUUCGCAUGUUUGAUAUUGGAUUAAUCCUGGUUGAAUUAAAGGGGCCUGUUGGGCCUUGGCAGAGGUGUACA